AUUUCUUUCGACUACAUAUUAUUAAAAUAAACAAAUUUAAAAAGAAUGCUAUUAAAAUUAAGGCAGCUUAUAUCUUCGGCAUUAAUACUAAUUAAUGCUGUUAUUCUUGUAGCACCCAGUCGAUUACGCAAUUUGAUUUUGUUUAACUUAAUGUAAAAAAAUAAUCUUUCCACACUUGCGCUACUGUGUGGCAAUAUAAAUAAAAUUUGAACAAAAUUGGCAAGCUCUGGGUCUGCGAGACUAU